AUGGCAGCCACCAGUGCAGACCAAAUGAACGCAAUAACUCGCGCACAGUUUGAGGACGCGAUCGCUCGCGCUGUGAAUAAUCGCAGCCGGAUUUACAACAACUCUUUCGCGCUGAGUUUUCGAUGGGAGCAAGACAAGACGAAUUCCUCUACAGACACCGAUCAUUUUCAGGCGAUCUUGAGCACACUAAAUCUCGACCAAGCUGAAGUUGAGAUCUUGGCCGAACAGGAUCAGACCCCGGGCUGGACACUGAACGAUAAAAUUCGGCUAUCCCGCCGAAGCAUAAACCUCCAAAGAAUCAUCGAUAAUGUAGUGGCAGGAGAUGUCCAGGACUUCGACAUCGCAGAUACAGACGCUGUCUUUGUUCUAGAUUGCUGCUACUCCCAUGUGGCAACGCGAGCGUUAAAUCCCACAACUCGCGUUGUCGAAAUUCUUGCAGCGAGCGAUGAUCACAAUCCAGAGGCCUUUACACCACCACGCAAUACCUUAACUGGAAAGUUGCGGGGCGAGAUUGCUCGACGCAAGCGAGACGGUCACCACUGUGUGGUACUUUCGGAUGUAAUGGCGACUAUUCGAGGGAAUAGCCCGGUUGUAAAGCCAACACAUCAUGUCAAGUUAGGGGUAUCUGUCUGCUUCCCUUUCGCUGGUGUUACAUAUAUUAACCCGAACACAAUUGCCCCUUCGCUACGUGCUGUCUUUUCAGUUCGCAUCGUCGAAAAUAUAAACCGGGAACAGCUGAACAGGUUCAUUACUUGGAUUGAGGCUCUUCCACCUGGGUUCGCUAUAGAACUCGAAGGGGUCUACACCACAACCUCGACUCUCCUCAUAUUCCAGAGUGCAUACGCGCUGUUCAAGAAUCUUGCUGGAUAUCCCGGUGUCACCCUUAUCUCGGAUGUGACAAGCCCGAACCGCCGCAAAUAUCUCGGCCAAGAGCAGCAACAAGGAGCUCCUUCAUCCACUUUGAAGGAGAAUGUCCCAUAUCUCCAGACCUCUAAGCCAUGA